AACCGACAAGCGAUCAUGAAGUGGCUUGCAACGACAGCCACCUGUCUCCUACUGGAGGCCGUUGCUGCUCUGACGCCCGCAGAAUGGCGGUCCCAGUCUAUCUAUUUUCUCCUGACUGAUCGAUUUGGCCGUGAGGAUAACUCGACGACAGCGGCUUGUAACGUCACAGACAGAAUCUACUGCGGUGGAAGCUGGCGAGGAAUCAUCAACCACUUGGACUAUAUCCAAGGCAUGGGAUUCACAGCCAUCUGGAUCACACCUGUUACGGAACAGAUACAAGGAAAUACCGGUUAUGGCGAAGCGUACCAUGGUUAUUGGCAGCAGAAGAUAUACGAUGUCAACUCGAACUACGGCACCGCAGAUGAUCUUCUCGCGCUAUCCACUGCGUUGCACGCCCGAGGAAUGUAUCUCAUGGUAGAUGUUGUCGCAAAUCACAUGGGAUACAAUGGCGCCGGAAGCACGGUCGACUACAGCGUCUUCGACCCCUUCGACUCAUCCUCGUACUUCCACUCAUACUGCCUGAUCAGCAACUACGACGACCAGACAAACGUAGAGGACUGCUGGCUCGGCGACACAACCGUCUCUCUCCCUGACCUCAACACCGAACUGUCAUCGGUUCAAACAAUCUGGUACGAGUGGAUAGCAGACUUGGUCUCGAAUUACUCGAUUGACGGACUUCGAAUUGACACGGUGAAACACGUCCAAAAGUCCUUCUGGCCAGACUACAACAGUGCUGCUGGCGUCUAUUGUGUGGGAGAAAUUUUCGACGGAGAUCCAUCAUACACCUGUGACUACCAGAGCUACAUGGACGGUGUCUUGAACUAUCCGAUCUACUACCAACUCCUCUACGCAUUCCAGACCUCAAGCGGUAGCAUCAGCGACCUGUACAGCAUGAUCAACUCGGUCGCAUCCGACUGCAAAGACCCAACGCUGCUAGGAAACUUUAUUGAGAACCAUGACAAUCCUCGAUUCGCAUCAUACACGAGCGAUUACUCGCAAGCCAAGAACGUCAUCUCGUUCCUGUUCUUCUCCGACGGAAUUCCCAUAAUCUACGCCGGUCAAGAACAACAUUACAGCGGGGGCAGCGAUCCUGCUAAUCGAGAGGCGACAUGGCUAUCAGGAUAUUCGACAACGGCAGAGUUGUACACUCACAUAGCGACGACGAAUAAGAUUCGUGCUCUCGCCGUGUCGUCUGACUCUUCAUACAUCACGUCCAAGAACACCCCCUUCUACCAAGACAGCAACACAAUCGCAAUGAAAAAAGGCACCUCCGGCUCGCAAGUACUCACGGUGUUGUCAAACAAAGGCUCUUCUGGCAGCUCCUACACCCUUAGCCUCAGCGGAAGCGGCUACACAUCCGGGACCAAGCUAACAGAGAUGUACACCUGCACCACAGUCACCGUCGACUCGAGUGGGAACAUUCCGGUGCCAAUGGCAUCCGGACUCCCGCGAGUGUUGAUGCUCGCUUCCGCCGCAGCAAACAGCGGACCCUGCGCGUCGUCUUCAACUCCCACGACGACUAAGGUCACAGCAAGCACCACUACACCAGCCACCUGCACACAAGCGACCGCGCUUCCGGUUCUCUUUAAAGAGAUCGUGACAACCUCUUACGGUCAGGGCAUCUAUCUCUCCGGCUCGAUCAGUCAAUUAGGAAGCUGGGAUACCGAUGACGCGGUUGCUUUAUCUGCCGAUCAAUAUACCUCGUCGAACCAUCUGUGGUAUAUAGAGGUUACGUUGCCGGUCGGCACGUCGUUUCAGUACAAGUUCUUGGAGAAGGAAGGGGUUUCUGUAACCUGGGAGAGUGAUCCGAAUCGGUCAUAUACAGUUCCGACGGGUUGUGCGGGAUCGACAGCGACAGUGACGGCGACCUGGCGGUAG